AUGGGGGGAGUGAGCGAGGAGGCGGCGAUUGCCACCUUCCUAGAUCCGCGCCUCAAGACCGUGACCUUAAGGAUCAGGGCCCGGGGGGCAAGGAGUAGCGCGCCCAUUGUGGUGAAGGCGGGGGACCAUGCUAGGGGGGCCAGGGCACUCGACUUGGACAAGGAGAUGGUGAAGGCACAAGUACGCGAGCGUCUUCCACCGUACCAGGCAGCGGCCCGUGCAGCGGCAGAGGCACGCCUUGGAGGUGAGGUCGCGUGGCGUGCUCGACUUUCAAGCAUGUUGUUUGCUGAGCUGGCAAAGGUGGAGGCAGAGGAGGGGGUGCGGGCACAUGACGAGGUGGACCAGUACUUGGCUGAGGCGAUUCAGGAGGAUGGGUGCUCCUUAGUGUACUGGAGCGGGAGGGAGCAGCAGUUGCCCGGGCUUAGGGCCAUGGCACGCGAUUAUCUGGGUAUCCUCGCCACGUCUGCGGUGAAUGGCCUUCAGUCAGAGCAGGAACAUCAUUUGGGGGUAAAGGCAUCGUCUAAGCCCAAAGCAGACGCGUGCGGCCAUGAUGAUCAAGACUUGGCAGGAUCACCACCAUGGAGAGAGGCUUGA